AAUCGGCGGAGGCGAGGAGUGUGGAUUCGCGGGGAGAAUUUGAAUUUUGAGUUUGGAAGACAGUCGAGCCGUUUGAGUCGAUUUCCGUUGACUUCGGGUUUGGCUAAGAAACUGCGCACUCGGAGUGGAGACUACUAACGCCCGCGUACGUGUGCCGCAAGUGCGUUUUCCGCGAACAAAACUUGAAAGGAUUCUUCGCGAGAUACUCCUCGAUCGGCAGCACGAUGCGCGUUGAAGAAGUUGAAGAUGUUUCGCGCGUGAUGAAUAAUUUGCAUUUGGAAGUGUUCGUGCAACCCACGAACCCCUUGCUGCCUCACCUGACGCCCACAGUCGGAGAGAAUCCACUCUCAUGGAACAAACUCAGCACCAUCCACUUCAUCGGCAUUCAGAGUGUUACCGAACUCCUGAGUAAGGUUCGGAAACGCAUCGUCACGCAGCUCGAUUCAAAAACUCUCCUCGACAUAAGUUCUGCAAUUGAAGCGAUCCGUAUCCCAUCUGCGACACUUUUCAACAAUACGAGGAGGUUCCCGGAAGGUUUGUACGUCGCGUGGAUACCGGCCUUGCCCAUGGUGCAGUCGCUCUGCUUGCUGCAGAAACUGUGUGUCGCCAAGAUGCCAGAGCAACCCCUGACCUGUGCGAAACUUCUCACGGUCGUUGAGAAUAUUGAAAAUUACAUAGUCGCCUUGAACAUUAAAGGACUCGGCGUUUUCGAUCGGGACAAGUUCGAGACGACGGUCGCUCACUGGAAGUUCAACUGGUCGCAGUUGAGCUACCAAUACGAAGUCAUAGAGAACUGAGGAAUCUCAGCAACGCAUUGUGUCGCUCCUGUUUUUAUAAAAGAAUUUAUGCCGCAUUUAUUACCUUAACACU